CCAUUUUGUGUCCGGUGGAGCCAGAGACAGCGUCCCCUCCGCGGCAGAGACACCGGCAGAGACCCCGUCCAGGACCGGGACAACCGAGGAGCAAAACCCCGACUCAUCCACCCGCAACGAGCCGCUGACGUGGAGCCAGCCGCCCGGAGGACAGCACCCAGCCAGCCCGAGCACCGUGACAGGAGGGGGCUGCGGCUCGUAACGUACCCGGGUCUCCGGCUCUGCUCCCCGGCCAGACCUCCGCCUCUCACCCGGCUGGUUAGCUUCCCCUCCCUGGCUAGCUUCCCAGCUAACACCGUCCCUCUCCCCCAGGGGGAACCAGCGCCUUCCCCGGGCUGUCAGUCCCACCCUCCCGUCGUGUGAGCUCCGGGGCAUGUCCCGCUCGGUCUUCGGGGACUUUUCCCACCUUUGGGCCGGUUUCGCUCCCACUUUACCCGGCCAGCGGUGCUAGCUAGCCGCGGCGCAGGCUAACAAGUUGACGUGGAGCCCGGAACUCGAGCCUCUGGUCCGGGGACAUUCCUCCUCCUCCUCCCGCGGUCGGAGCUUUGAUUUCCAGCGGAUCUUUGUCACUUCUUCGUGCUACCGACUCGUUCCUCCUGCUAACCCGGUCCCCAGGUCACAUCAGCCCGGUAGCGAUGGUUAUUAGGAUCCACGGAGCCCCCCGCAGUGUUUACCAAGUCCCCCGCGGGACUCGCUCCGGGUUCCCGGUCUGCAGCGGCAGCUAACACCCCCCCCGCGGUGCUCGGUGUCCCCGUGUGGACUUUACAUCCUCCGGCAGAAUUGAUUGUGGACUUGUCCUCUGUCACCAAACAAGCUUUGUGUCUCGCUUGCGACAUCAGUGGAGAGAGGAAGAGGAAGAAGAAGAAGAACUCGUCUGGUUCAGAUCCGCCUGGAGAGAGGGACGUCCCGGGGAGCUUGAUCCGGUGAUCGGGUCGGUGUCGUGCGGAUUGAACUGAAGAAGAGGAGAAGAAGAAGAGGAAGAGGAAAGGAAUAAUAAAGAGAUGUCAGGCCAAUCCAUUACGGACCGGAUCGCUGCAGCCCAGCACAGCAUGACCGGGUCGGCCAUCAGCAAGGCGGUGUGCAAGGCCACCACGCACGAAGUCAGCGGCCCCAAGAAGAAGCACCUGGACUAUCUGAUCCACUGCACCAAUGAGAUGAACGUGAACAUUCCCACGCUGGCCGACACGCUCUUUGAGCGCACAGCCAACUCCAGCUGGGUGGUGGUCUUCAAAGCCCUCAUCACCACCCACCACCUCAUGAUGUACGGCAACGAGCGUUUCAUCCAGUACUUGGCCUCAAGAAACACUCUGUUUAACCUGAACAACUUCCUGGAUAAGGGCGCUCUGCAAGGCUAUGACAUGUCGACCUUCAUCAGACGAUACAGCCGUUACCUGAACGAGAAGGCCAUGUCCUACAGACUGGUGGCCGUGGACUUCACCAAGAUGAAGAGGGGGAUUGACGGAGUGAUGCGCACCAUGAGCACAGAGAAGCUGAUCAAGACGCUGCCCAUCAUCCAGAACCAGCUGGAUGCUCUGCUGGAUUUCCAGGCCAACCCCAACGAGCUGACCAACGGAGUGAUCAACUCGGCCUUCAUGCUGCUCUUCAAAGACUCCAUACGGCUGUUUGCUGCUUACAAUGAGGGGGUCAUCAACCUGUUGGAAAAGUACUUUGACAUGAAGAAGACCCAGUGUAAAGACGCUCUGGAGAUCUACAAGAAAUUUCUUUACAGGAUGACGAAGCUGUCAGAGUUCCUCAAAGUGGCCGAGCAAGUUGGAAUAGAUCAGGGUGACAUCCCAGAUCUCUCACAGGCCCCCAGCAGCCUCCUGGAGGCUUUGGAGCAGCACCUGGCCUCUCUGGAGGGCAAGAAGACCAAGGAGCUGAACGCAGACACCAGAGCGUCCACCUUGUCCAGCGCCGUCUCCUCCCUGUCCUCCACCGGCAUGUCCUUCAGCCGCAUGGACGAGAAGGAGAAGCAGCAGGCCCUGGAGGAGGAGCAGGCCCGACUGCAUGCUCUAAAGGUCCCUCAGGACCAGCGCCUGAAGGAGAUGAACAUGCAGACUCCGCCCUCUGCCUCCCCCAGCAGCCAAUCGAUAGGCCUCGCCAACAACAACCACAUCACACAAAACCCAGAGUUCCUCACCUCCACGCUGUCCGCCAACAGCGUGCCCAAUCUGAACAGUGACCUGUUUGAUCUUCAGCCGGCCUUCAUCCCCGCUGUGCAUAGCAAUCCUUCCAUCUCCACCGCCAACAGUGCCUGGGGAGGACUGGAGCCAGCAGCGACCAUGGCCGUAGAUUUCGAUGCGGUGUUUGGGAAUAAAGCUGAACCCAGUAACAACGGCCACCAACCUGCAGCCGGUUUCGAUGCCCUCGGAGACUUGAUGAAGCCGACGAUUCACGCACACAGCCAGCCUCCACCUCAGAUGACCAUCCACCACGGAGGGAAGAUGCUCGCCAACGACCUCGACUCCUCUCUGGCCAACCUUGUGGGAAAUCUGCAGUUCGGUGGGAUCCCAGUCAAGAAGCCAGAGAUGCACUGGAGCCAGCCCGGGGAGAAGAAGCUGACGGGGGGGCACAACUGGCAGAACAAGACCAUGUCCACCACACAGUGGGGUCCGGCGCCCGUGGCUCCACAGCCCAUGCCUGUACAACACGUGGCUCCGGCUCCCAUGGCGUUCCCCAUGACCUCACCGCAAGUGCCUGUGUAUGGAAUGGUCCCUCCCCAGAUGGGUCAGAUGGGCGGGGUCCAGAUGAUGGCUCCUCAGCAGAUGAUGUACAACCAGGCGGUCCUCAGACCCACCAACCCCUUCGCCCCGAUGCCCGGCGCCCAGAUGCAGUUUAUGUAAUCCAGUCGGGGGGGUAAGCAGAGUGCCAAAAGCGACAAACAAACAAACAAACAAACAGCAGAAGAAGAAGAAGAAAAACACAGGAGAGGAACGAUUUGAUCAAGUUUAAAAUGACUAAGACGACAAGAACCGAAACAGGAAGUGGACAGAGGCGGAGACUCAACAGAGGACAGGGGGGGGGGUAGUGUGGUGUCAUCCUGGCUGGUCGUUGUCUGAAACAACUCCGUGUGUGUCUGUGUGUGUUAACGUGUGUGUGUGUGCAGCUUCUUCUCGUGGUUCUGAUUCGUGUUUUAAAUCCCAUCGAUGGAGUGAUGUUUCAGGAGAGGGAGUAAAGACGGGAGAGAAAGACAGGAGGACGGAGGACAGACGAGGGGACGGAGAGAGGGAGGGAACUCUACCUCUGGUUUUCAGUCAGACGUUGUGUAUUUAUAUUUCUGACUGACGCGAAAGUCUCUGCUGCAGAAUUAGCUUUAUUUCAUACUGGUGCUAUCUCUUCUUCUCUGGUUUCUGCCGCCUGCAACGGCAACUCGCGAGUGUUUUACGAGAGGAGUAAAUUUAGUGUGAGUGCGGAGGUGUGUGUUGUGUGUUUGUGCCGAACGUGUGUACUUGUUGCACUGCAGUUGUUUCAGACGAUGCCCUCACAACCGACCUCUGUUCCCCCCCCCCUCGUUCUCCGACUGCGUCCAAUCAGCGAGAGGUGUUACGUCUUCUGGUGUUUCCCGAAGUUUUCUGCUCUGUUGGGAAAAUCUUAGUAUUUUUUUUCCGAUCUCUUUUCUCCUGCAGCCUCUCCUGAAUGUUAUCGGGGCUUGUACAGCAAUUUGUUGAAUCAUUUUGUUAAUAGUAGUUGAGUGUUUUGCUGUUUUGGGUUUUUAAGCUAAAGUCUUUGUUACUCAUCCUGCAGCGUUUUCUCCUCUUCAAGCCACAGAUGCACACAGAGCUAGCACGACAUGCUAGCGCGGUCAGGAGGUGUCGCGAACGAACAAACGCUAGUAAUGCUAAAAUGUACCGUCAUGUGGCUGUUUUAGCUGUUGAGCUAACAGCUAACUCAUUAGCCAGCCAGGCGCACACAAGUGUGAGCUACCGUUAAACUUUGCAAGCUAAUGCUAACCUGUUCUUCAGUGUUUCUCUUUAAGAUGUUCAAACUAUUGUAGCUGUUGAGCUAACAGCUAGCCAGCCGAGAACAAUUAUCGACAGAUUGUCCCGAAAACACGACUAACGAGCUACAAUAGCUUCCUCCAAUUUCCCUCCGAUGUUUGGACAGUUGUUGGUCAAUUGCACAAAUUUGUGAGUCAAAGUAAACAAACAUUGAAUAUGAACAAUUCCUUCCCCUUGUGAGUCAAUCUACAAAAUUUGACUCUUUAGCUAGGCGAGAAUUUUCGUGCUUAUUUUGAUUAAAUUUCUACUGUUGCCAUGCUAGCCUCAUUAGCCCGUUAGCACCUUGCUGAUCUGUGUGUACCUGUCGGUCUUGUCGUCAUCAGAUCGCCGAGCGGAUUCAAACAUCGAGGGGUUUCUAAAAUCAGAGCUUUUCCAUUAGGUCACGUUUUCACAGAACCACGUAAUGUGCCAAUGAUUGUUGACGGCAGCACUGAGCGAGUCACAUGUUACUGAAUCCAGUGGAGGUCACUUUAAAUUGCACUGAAUCAAAGUGAGUCUCUUCUAGUGCGACUGGUUCUGCGCUUCAGGCACAAACCUCGCUCCAUUGUUACCGGGGAAAUUCGGGAGGGGAUUAAAUUUGACUCGUGUACGAAGUCGUGGUCAUUCUUCAGCCAAAGCUUUCACCGCCAUGAGUCUGACUGUCGGUGUAUUUGCAUUUCAUGUGUUCACGUGUACGCUAACGCAUUUCUAUGUAUGUUUUCCAUUGAGGGCUAUUUCUGAGGGUCACAUGUUGAGCCUGCGAGUCUGACAUGAAAUGUGCUCGUUUCCUUUUUUUGUAAAAUCUAAUUUUGUUGCAAAAUGCACACACGCGAAAAUUUUGCACUGAAGUGACUAUCCUGCCGAAGUAGAGCUGUCGCCGGAUCUCCCGGCUCGGAGGCGUCGAGAGAUUUGUAAAAAGAUAGUUUUGGGUUUUACAAUAACAAGUUUGUGUAAUCUACCAGCCACAUUGGCGAGUAACUCAACGUUAUUUUCCUGCCAUUUUAACGAUGAACUUGAAACUGUUUGUACUCCCGUCCCCAGCGUCUACGUCCCGAUCCAUCCGUGAUAGUCCGGUCGUCUCUCGCUUCCGUCUCCGCUCUGUCUCGUUGCUCGCUCUAGAAUUCUUUCUUUCAGUGUUUUGAGGUUUGUGUAGAUAUGUAAACGAAGAAAACCACAAAAAAAAAAUGUAGUACUAAUAACCAGUUUCUGUCUCGAUCGUCGGCUCUCACGCGUCACCGUGGCUGUUGGAUAGGUAUUGCUCUUGUGGCGGUCUUGUGUUAGCUUAGCCUCUCGUUAGCUUAGCCUCUCGUCCUAGUGUAGAAGACGUCCCGCUGCGGGUGCCCCCCCCCCCCCGCGUCCCUGCCGCUGUCUCGUGACUCUAGCUCUUAUCUCGUGGUGUCUCUGUCUUCUCGGUGUAGAUGAAACCUGUCGGAGGCUCGUUGGGUUCGAUGCUUCGCUCGCCUCCAGCUUCAAGUCUCUCGUUCUUCUCGCUUUCAGCUUCACUCCGGUGUCCGUUAGGAUCCUCGUCUUUCUUUUCUCUUUUCGCGUCUUCGCCUCCUGGUCGAGACGUCAACAAACUGUUACUGAUUGGACCGUUGAAUCCCACGUGGAGAUUGGCUCUAGAAGCUUAUGGUCCAGCCAUGUUUGGAAAUGAGCUAAAUGCUAACAGAUAGCAGGUAGCAACUGAACCAGCUGCUGUGUGGACUCUCUUCACCAGUUGCCACAAUUUCCCAACUAAAUUGUUAAAAUAACUUUGAUAGAACAAAAUCUAUAGAGUCUAAAGCCUCAAACCCUCCAGGGUCCAGAAUGAAAAGACUCUUUCUUUAAUGGCCGCCUCCUCUUUCCGUCUUUCUGUCUCUUAUCCGAUGUGAUAAAUUGUCGCAUCAGGAAGCGAAGCCGCUUUGAUGCAAAAUCAAAUCAUGUCAUUGAGGAUCUGAUCAUUUCUGAUGUUGAAUAAAUAUCCUG